AUGUCGUCCUCCGCGGAAGGAAACAAGAAUCUCAAUCAUAAUCAACAACAGCCACCGAAGCAUCACCAGCUCCUCCAUCAACUACCCGCCCAUCCGCAGCCCAGUUAUCCACUGGUGUUACCAAACAACUCGUUUGCAGUCAAUCAAAACGCGCAACGACUCCGAAACGAGAUCAUAGCCUCGGCCGCCACACUGCCGUCCCUUCACAACAGCACCGGCGGCUCCAAGUCACCCCUCAAGAGGUUCUGGGAGUUUAAAUUAAACGACCCGGACAGUGACUGUGCUAUUGGACACACCAACUCCAAGAUUAAGUCAAAGACAUUUUGCUGGUGUUUGGCAGCUGUGGUCAUGUGUCUGGCAAUCGUAGUCAUCGGUGUCUCUGCCUUCACGUACUUCAUGGGUAUGUCUGCACCACUGCCUGUCUAUGAUGAGAGCAAUGCGGGGGCGGGUGUUGUCGUCAAAUGUCGGAUCUCAUUGAAUAUCGUACUCUUGACGGCCGCACAAGAAGUGGGCCUCACUUUCAUCAACGCAUUGGAGAGAAGACACGGCAGACUACCGGCCGGUAACCUACGCGUCGACAUCACGACCAUUAAAUUCACAGAUAUGAGAAGCGGUAGUGCUAUCGGCGCUAAACUCACUGAUGAUAACUUAGUGCAUGAAAACAGUGUUCAAAAGCAUAAUGUGUUGGACUUAUACCGAAAUAAUUCCUUAUCUCCGGUGCCAACGCUGUCACUACACUAUUACGACUGCCAUCAGACAUACCAGUGGUCGGGUGCCCAACGACACCAUUAUGACUACAGCACUGUUAUUAGCGAUAUAUCUGCGCCGACCUACUCUAUGGGCUCUUUGGCGUCGAUGGCAUAUAUUAGAGGGAAGCGUAAUGUGAUCGGUGGCACUGUAGCAGCUGCUGGUGCUGUUGUCGGUGCCAAUGAUACCGUUACCACUGUUUUGGAUGAUGGCAUCACAGAUAAUAAAUAUUCUGCACGUGAUUUCGCUAAUACUAAAGGCAUGUCUUCUAAUGCCAGCGCGCCGGCACCUAAUGCCAGUGCCCCCGAAGUUGCCGGCUCUCCAGCCCCCAGUCCGCCACUGAUGCCCAAUGGCUACCGACCAGUGAUGGCUAAUACCGGAAAUGGUUUGGCAACUGAUUCGCCGAUCGCUUCUGUUGUAAAGGGCAGUCAUGAUGGAAGGGAUGGUAAGCCAGACUCAGCCAUCACUACGGGUAAGUACAUCAGCACUUGA